AUGGCUGCGAGACUUCGCAACGUGCGUGAAGGCGACAGUAAGAUCUCGAUGCAACCCAAGCCAGGUUCCUCCCGAGGCGCACGGGUCAAGCUGCGGCGGAGGAGCCUUGCGGGACUGUGGGGUCGGCGCCUUCUUGGAUACUGGAGCAUGCCUCUGGCGCGGAGCAAGCACCCUGGAAUAAAAUCUGGAACCCAGCGCGCAAUCAGCACUUGCUCCCGCCGUCUUGUCCAAGGCCAAAGUCGAGCAAAGGGGCUCCAACUGCCAGCCCUCCAUCUUGCAGCCCGGAACGCCCUGCGUGAGAAGAGCGGUGGCCGUGCUCUCAUGCCCGAAACUCAGACAGAGCUCAAAGAGGUGCCAUCGCGUUUCACUGGAAACUUAUUGUAA